AUGUGUAUUGGUCUGCGACAUCCUGAUCCUAUGGAUCUACAUGAUUUGAUUAAACGCAGCAUAGAAAUUGGUCGUCUUCUUAAUCACCAUCCAUCGGGUUUCCUUGGUACCUUGAGAACGGCGUUAUUCACGUCAUAUGCAUUACAAAAGAAACCUGUAAAACAGUUGGGGCAUGGACUGAUUGAAACUCGUGCUAAAGCAACGUCGUAUGUGAAAGAGCGUGGUAUGGCCGUGCAGGAAAACCUAACAGCUUGGAAUGAUUUUGAAGAAAAAUGGCGUAGUUAUGUCAGAUUGAGAAGAAUAGAGACAGGCCAAUAUGGCCUGGAAUUCCCACGGCCAUAUGAUAUCAAAAUAAGGAAAGAAUUCUAUAAGUCCAUCUCAGUAAAUGAGACAUCACCAGGCAGCAAUGAAUGCGAUGCGACAAUAAUUGUAUAUAACGUAUUUCUAAGUUUUGACGGAUCUUGGGAAGAUAUAAGUGUCAGGACAAUUUCCUAUGGUGGAUUGAGCAACGUCACAUGCUAA